AAUCUCCACCCAUCAAAUUUUCWGGCCAUCUCUGAGUUUCAUCCACCACCCACCAAGAUAAGAAGAACAAGAACACAACACCAACAGGGGAUUUCAAUUUCAAUCUCAAUUUGAGCACAUUUCUCGAAAACCCCUUCAAAUUUUUACCCUCAAUUUCAUUUCUCUCCAAUGAGUUCCGCCCAAAUCACUUCCCUGUCUUCUCUCCCUUUUCGCCUCCCAUCUUCAUCGUCAUCUUCCCACAAACCCCCUUUUCUCCACAAACCCUUCCGCUCCCAUUUUCAUGGCCUCCAGCUUUCUCACCACAUUUCCCCUUCUGCUUCUUCUUCUUCUUCUUCUUCUUCUUCAUUCAAAUUUACCAUCUCUUCCAAGGUGAAAAAGGGCCAAGCUCCUCCUGCCUUCACCUUGAAAGAUCAGGAUGGGAAGAAUGUGAGCCUCUCUAAAUUCAAAGGGAAGCCGGUGGUUGUGUAUUUCUACCCUGCUGAUGAGACUCCUGGUUGCACCAAACAGGCCUGUGCUUUCAGAGAUUCUUAUGAGAAGUUUAAGAAAGCAGGAGCGGAAGUUGUGGGCAUUAGUGGGGAUGAUUCAUCAUCACACAAGGCUUUUGCAAAGAAAUACAGACUUCCAUUCACGUUGCUCAGUGAUGAGGGUAACAAAGUGAGGAAAGAAUGGGGAGUUCCUGCAGAUCUCUUUGGAGCAUUACCAGGAAGAGAGACUUAUGUUCUAGACAAGAAUGGAGUUGUGCAGCUCAUAUACAAUAACCAGUUCCAACCUGAAAAGCAUAUCGGCGAGACUCUCAAACUGCUUCAGAGCCUUUAAAUUAUGUGAAUUUCGUUUGUAGAAUUAGGAAAAGCUGCUGCUCAUUGUUCCUGUAUCAUUGAGGCAAUUAUCUUGUUCUGAAUCCCAAAUGAGAGUGAAGAAUGACAUUGAUGAUUGUUUUCUUUUUUUGGUUGCUACUCAAAAAGGAGAUUGUGAUGUAUAUUUGAACUAUAAUGCAUUUUGUUGGGUUGAAUAUGCAUCUCGAUCUUGAAAGAAAAUAAUUGAACUGUGGUGGAGUGGACAACUUUUCUCCAGA